CUUUUUUGUGUUUUUUUCUAUUCUGUAAACAAUCAUGGGUAACCACACUAUUCUUUUAUUACAAUCGGGCAACAGUCAAAAUUCACGCUCAUACUUCGAUUUUAACUCGGAAAGUGAAGCCAUGGACCACAUUGCUGGUUUGUAUGAGACCCGACUUGCCAAAGAGAAUCCCAACGCGGGUCAAGUGCAAUACAGAGCCGAAGAUCUUUUUCGAUUCAUUGAUACAUAUAAGGAAUUUGUAGCACUUGUGUUUGAUUCUUCGAAAGCCAUGUACCAACCUCGUGAUAUUGCUUGGAUUAAGGAAAGUUUAAUUGCUCAUUUCAGUGGUCAACAAUCCGCUACACCUGAUGUUCAGCAAAGACACAGACAACCACGUAGAUACCGUUAAAAAUAUAUAUAUAUAUAUUUGUAAACUCAGCAGAAUCACCGACCUUUUAACCUUUUUUUUUUUUUUUUAAUUUUUUAAAUAUUUGUUUAUUUUCCCCCUCUUUUUUUUUUUCUUUUUUUUUUUUUUAAUUCUCUCUUUGCUGAAAAAAAAAUAAAAUAAAUCAGCGCUACAUAUUUUG